GAAAAGGGGUGGAGCUAAGCACUCACUGCGGUGCUGCGCUGCGUCUGCAGAGGACAAGGAAGGCUCCUCUGCAGGGCUGACAUCUUCCAAAAUGAGCGGCCUGGAUGAGGGCAAUGAGCUCCUUCUCGCUAACACCGCGGUCCCUGCCCAUGCCCCGGAAGAUCUGGAUCUGAACCAGGACCAGGGGCUCCGCGAGGAAACCGACGCGGCGCGGGCGAUGGAGACUGCAGGUGAGGCCGGUGCGGAGGGAGGCGCGCCCCUGGAUUCCGAGCACUGCGGACCUGCGCUUUGCCCCGCAGUGGCUGAGAAUCGCGGUGCUGCGGCGGCCGGAGAGGGGCUGGAGGAUGCUCUGUCUCCAUCAAAGGGCGGGGAUGCAGCCUCAGCCCCGGUGGCAGCUGAUGACAGCAAUAAAAAUGGCUGUCAGCCUGGAGGGCCGCGCAGCCCUGCUGGGCCGAAAGCUCUUGAAGCCUGUGGUGCCGUGGGCCUGGGGUCUCAGAUGAAGCCAGGGGCGAAGAAGACUAAGUGCGCCAUCGCUGCGGCCGCGGGAAAGGAGGGAGAAGCAGGGGCGGCGAUGCAGGAAAAGAAGGGGGUACAGAAGGAAAAAAAGGUAGCUGGAGGAGGGAAGGAGGAGAAUCGUCCUAGGGCCCCGAAGAUCAAUAAUUGCAUGGACUCGCUGGAGGCCAUCGAUCAAGAGCUGUCAAACGUGAAUGCGCAGGCUGACCGGGCCUUCCUCCAGCUGGAACGCAAAUUCGGGCGGAUGAGAAGGCUGCAUAUGCAGCGCCGAAGUUUCAUCAUCCAGAACAUCCCAGGUUUCUGGGUCACCGCUUUUCGGAACCACCCCCAGCUGUCACCAAUGAUCAGUGGCCAAGAUGAAGACAUGAUGAGAUACAUGAUCAAUUUAGAGGUGGAGGAGCUGAAGCACCCAAGAGCAGGCUGCAAGUUUAAGUUCAUCUUUCAAAGCAACCCCUACUUCCGAAAUGAGGGGCUGGUCAAGGAAUAUGAGCGCAGAUCCUCCGGUCGAGUGGUGUCGCUCUCCACUCCAAUCCGCUGGCACCGGGGCCAAGAACCCCAGGCCCAUAUCCACAGGAAUCGUGAGGGGAACACGAUUCCCAGUUUCUUCAAUUGGUUCUCAGACCACAGCCUCCUAGAAUUCGACAGAAUAGCUGAAAUUAUCAAAGGGGAGCUGUGGUCCAAUCCCCUACAAUAUUAUCUGAUGGGCGAUGGGCCACGCAGAGGAGUUCGAGUCCCACCAAGACAGCCAGUGGAGAGUCCCAGGUCCUUCAGGUUCCAGUCUGGCUAAGCUCUGUCCUUUCGAGAAGCUCCUGAAGGAGUCCUCCCACCUCCUCGGCUUGGCCGGCAGCAUGCGGCCCUCUGUCUGCUUUCUCCUCCUGUUGGAUUGUGUCCUUUGGUUCUAAGUCUCCAGUAGUUUCAAGACUGUGGCUUCCAAGUCUGUGCUCUUCUUUCUCUAGGCCAUCACGACGUUCUGCAUAGUGUUAAUGGUGUUCCAAGUGCAUGGCCUCCAAACUGCUUCUAUGCCAAGCUCACAGUGCUGUAGUCUGCACUGCCUUCCUUUGCAUGGCUUGGUUCCUGUCUGUGACUGUGUCUUCUUCUAGUUUUUAAAAGUGGUUCUCUACCACAAGAAAGCUUGACCCAUCCUCACCAAGAACUAGCCAGGUUUCAUGCUGUGUCCCUGAUGUCUAUGUACUGUGAUGAAUUGUGACUUUCACCACUGCAAGAUGGAACUGUAUCCCAACCCAGCCAUUAGCCCAACAGGACAUUCCAACUGAUCCUAGCUGUCUUCCUGGGGCCUUUGCUCUUCACCCUGCUUAUUAUGGGUAUAACAGUAACAAGCUGGUGGGUGACUACUAGGCAUGAGGGAAGUAAUAGUCGAGGAGUGUUUUAUGUUUCCACAUUGGUCUUGUACCUUUGGUUACUGUGCAUCGUGAUCAGCUACUGCAGUUACAGCCCAGAGACAGAAAAACAAAACUGGCAGCAGGGUUUUUUUUUCUCCCUCCCCUCCCCCACUGUAUACAGGCAGGAAAAAAAAAAAAGCUACUGUAGUCUCCAAAUCUCUUGCUGCCCUCACUAUUUCACACGUCUCUUAGCAACAUCUGAAAAUGCCAAGGGAGACCCCCUCCCCUCCUCCCUCCUUGUCCACACUACCAGACGCUGUGUGUUUCCUAAACUCUAGUUUGAGACCCUGGGAGAAGAGAAAGAAGACUGUCAAUGACAAACUGUGCCUCCCUGGGGCAGGAUGUGAAGGACCAGCUACGACUGCACCUGUUUCUGAAGCCGCCUGGUUUUCCGGCCUCAGCCUGUAGAAUGACCAGAGAGCAGCUAUGUGCGUCACCCCCGUUCAGUACGCAUGACCUUGGCCCUUACUUAUCAGCUUUUGACUUUCCUCCCUUGUUUCCAUCCUAACAAAGGAGGGAGUGGGCUGUAGAGUGCAUUGUGGGAGACUCCAAGCCUCUUCUGCGGGAUGGGGGUGUGUGAGGAGUCUGGGUUGCAGGAUGUGUUCCCGUGGGUACGCAGCAGUGACAGCGGCUCCUAGUUCGAAGCCUGCAGCUGUCGCCCUCACCGGUUCCCUUUCUGACUUAAAGGACUUGUCUGAAGCUCGGGCACAGGAGAUCUGGAUACCUUCAGUGGAGGCUGAGACUUUAAGAAGGGGAGUAGAGAGAAAGGGAGCGUGUUACUGAGGGAGUCAUAGGCCAGCUAUGAUGACUGACAUCUUGCAGGAGCAGGGGUCCCCAAGGCAUGUCCCAGGGUAGAAUGGGGAGGGAGAUCAGAUGGGUUGGGAUUUAAAAGGGAUGCUUGAAGGUAUUUCCUAUAGCCCUUCCUAAUUCUCAACUUCACCAAUUGAUCUUUUGUAAACAGAUGUAAGUCUGGGUGUUUUUUGCCUUCAGAUUCCAGGAGUGACCUUUGUCUGGGAGAUCAAUGGUGUGCACUCCUUAUCCCACUGCGCUUGACCAAACCCUUACUCCCUGUCAGCUGACUGGCAGAAUUGAUGUUUACAAGCCUGCCUUUUGCUUAUAAUUGAGAACAAGUGCAAACAUUUGAAUUUCUGUCCUUUGCAGUAUGAAGAUUCCUGUGAAUAUUCAUUACUAGAUUAACUUAUUCUGGUGUCUGUUCACCUAUAGCUGUAUUCUUAGAAACACAAUCCGCACAAUGUGAUCUUUGACGUCUGAAGAUUUUGAAAACUGUUGCUGUGUCUUGUAAAAGUGAUUUCAAAAGGAAAAAUGUAACUUGUCCUACUGAUAUUUCUUGCUGUAGUAAUACUUGACAUUAUGUUCUUAACCAGUGUGGGGACUAGAAUUGCUAUCACAGGAAACGAGAACCUUAGUCUUUUGUCUUCUCCUGUGUGCUUGAAGGAAAACUAUGUUACUGUUGUGUUUCUUGUCAUCACCAAAAAGAAAUAAAUGAAUAAAGAUGAAUAAAAGGUU